CUGCCAAACGUCAUUUAACGUCUACGCACCGCACACAAACAUAAACGCGCGCGUUGUUUGUGCGGAUUUGUUUGAAAAGCGAUAUAAAGACUGAACAUUUGUGUUGUACUAGUUUAUGUGUUUGUAGUUUGAUAAUUAUCGUGGUUUAGAAAGCAUGAGCAGUGCAACGAAGCGUCGGUCUGGUGGCGAUGCGGCGAACAAAAACAACGCGCCUCCGAAACAGCAACAAACCGCCCCGGAACCCAUGGACGCUGCCGCCGCCGACGUCGAUGAGGAUGCGUUGAUGUCGGAAGAUGAGGAGGGAGGGACGCGCAUCGGCGGCAUCUACAUUCCGCCGCCGGUUCCACCGUACUGUUCCACUGAAUGCAAAGGACCCCGGCUGAUCAUCGAAUGCAUCUCGAACUACAACUUCAAAAGCUAUGCAGGGCACGUAAUGCUGGGACCGUUUCAUCAGCGGUUUUCCGCUAUCAUCGGCCCGAACGGAAGUGGCAAGAGCAACGUGAUCGAUUCGAUGCUGUUUGUGUUUGGAUACCGGGCGCAGAAGAUCCGCUCGAAGAAGCUUUCCGUCCUGCUGCACAACUCCUCGAAGCACCCGAACACGAACAGCUGCACGGUCGGGGUGCAUUUCAAGCAAAUCGUCGAUAGGGAGGACGGAUCGUUCGAUGAGGUGCCGAACAGCUCGUUCGUUGUCGCCCGGACGGCUUUCCGGGACAACAGCUCGUACUACACGAUCGACAACAAGCGCGUCCACUUCAAGGAGGUUUCGAAACUGCUCAAACAGCACGGCAUCGAUCUGGACCACAAUCGGUUUCUCAUCCUGCAGGGUGAGGUAGAGUCGAUCGCGAUGAUGAAGUCGAAGGCACAGACGGAGAACGACUGUGGGCUGUUGGAGUACCUGGAGGACAUAGUCGGCACGACGCGGUACAAGCAGCCGUUGCUGAAGAUUAACGAACGCGUCGAUUCGUUGAACGAGGAGCGCACGGAAAAGCACAACCGCUGCAAGCUGGCCGAGCGCGAAAUGAAGGACCUGGAGAAGCCGAUGACGGAAGCGGUCGAGUAUUUGAAGCUAGAAAAUACGCUGACCCGCACCCGGAACCAGCAGAUACAGAAGUACAUAAGCGAACAGCAGCGCAAAAUCGGUGAAUUUAGCGUGGAACGGGACCAGGCCGCCGGGAUCCUGGCCAAACACGAUGAGGCCUACGAAGCGAUCAAGGCCGAGCGCAUGGAAAAGGAGAAGCUCGUGAAGGAGGAGAUUAAGCAGUACGACGAGCUGGUCAGCACGAAGGAAGCGAAGGAAACGACCCUCAAAAGCUCGCUCGAUAAGUUUGCUAAGGUGCAGGCGAACAUGCGCGCCACAAACGAGCGGCGCAAGAAAACGAUGGAACAGAUCGCGACGGAAAAGAGCCGGCUAAGCGAGCUGCUAGCCGUGCCGGAGAACAAUCAGAAGGAAAUCGAAGAGUCUCAGCGUCGAAUCGAAUCGCUCACCAAGCAAAAGGCCGAAGUGGAAGCAACACUCACCGCUAACCUGGCCACGCUGAAGGACGAAACGAAGGUGCUGCUGGAGGAGAAGGAGAAGCUCCAGACGGAACUGAUCGAGCUGAAGCGUGCGGUGGACGAAAGCAAAUCGGCCCUGUCGAUCGCGGAAUCGGAGCUGAAGAUCUGCAAGCACGACGAGGUGACGGAAACCCGCAAGCUCGAAUCGUUGCGCUGCGCGUACGAAGAGACCGAAAAGGAUCUGGAGGAGAAGCAGGCCCGGCUAGCGAUGCUGGAAGAGGCCGUGCCCGUCACACGCGCCGAGCUUGAAACGGCCAAACAAAAGCUACAGACAAACGGGCAGGAAGAGAAAGAGCUACGGCAGGAGCUGCGAUCAGUGCAGGGCAAGCUGCAGGAAUCGAUGUCCGCCAUGCAGUCGACCCGCUCGCAGGGCAAGGUGUUGGAUGCACUGAUGCGCCAGAAGAACGAGGGACGCAUACCCGGGAUAUUGGGCCGGUUGGGCAAUUUGGGUGGGAUUGACGCCCGGUACGAUGUAGCGAUUUCGACGUGCUGCGGAACGCUCGAUCACAUUGUGGUGGAAACGGUCGAUACGGCAAAGACUUGUAUCGAGUUUUUGAAGCAGCACGAUAUCGGGCGGGCGUCCUUUAUUGCGCUCGAGAAGAUACAGCAGUACGAGCGGAACUGUCACACCAGAAUACAGACCCCCGAAAACGUACCCCGCUUGUUCGAUUUGAUCCGUGUGGAAGAUCAGCGUGUGCUGCCCGCGUUCUAUUUCGCGCUGCGCGACACACUCGUUGCGGAUAAUCUCGACCAGGGGCAACGGAUUGCGUACGGCAGGCAGCGGUUCCGCGUGGUAACGCUCGGUGGCGACGUGAUCGAAACGUCCGGCACCAUGUCCGGUGGUGGUCGGUCGCAGCAGCGCGGUCGCAUGGGUACGUCGGUGCAGACGAAAACAUCCGCCAGCGAGCCGGCCGGCACCUCGAGUCGCGAAAUCGAGCAGAUGCAGAUCCGCGCGCAAGAAAUCCAGUCCCAAAUCAACUACCUGCAGGAGCAGCAGGGUGAGCUGGAAUCGAACAUUCAGAAGCUAGCGGCAAAGCUGAAGCAGCAGGAGAUGGAACUGAAGCGAAUGCGCAUGGAUGUGGCCAGCUUGACGCAGCAGAUGCCCCGCCUGAAGCAGCAGCUCGACUCGCAGGCCGAACGCGUCGCCCGCACCCAUUCCGACCCGGAAAAGGUACGCGCGCUCGAGGCAAAGGUGGCCGAGUGCAAGAAGGCGCACGGUAGCUCCACCAGCAAGGCGGACAAGCUGCAGGCGGACGUCGAUCGGUACACGGCGCAGAUUAAUGACAUUACCAACAGCAAGGUGAAGGUGCUGCAGACGAAAAUCAACGGACUGUCCAAGCAGAUCGACAAGCUGUCCGCCAACAUCUCGAAGCUCACCGUGGACAUUAAAACGUCCGAGCGGAACGUGAAGAAGGCGGAAGAUAAGAUCAAGAGCAUGGAGUCGGAGGUGGAGGCCGCACAGGACGCGAUACGGAAGGGCAACGACGAACGGACGCAGCUGGAGGUGGAGGCCAACAAGCUGCGGGAGGAGCUGGAGGAGCUGAAGGCAGCCAUCGAGAAGGCGCACGAAGGUUCGUCCAGCAUCAAGAAGGAGAUUGUGGCGCUGCAGAAACGGGAAGCCGAGGGCAAGAUGAAGCGGCUCGAGUUUGAGCAGAUCCUUCAAACGAUCGAGACGAAGCUGCAGGAAACGAAGGACACGCUGCCGCACUGGAAGGACAAGCUGAAACCGCUCAAGCUGCACGAAAUCCCCGGAGUACCUGAUCAGGAACCGCUGAAAGAGUACAGCGAGGAAGAGCUGGCCAGCUACAAGCUACCCGACCUGCAGUACCAGAUCUCCAUCCUGGAGGAAAAGCUCAACACUAACAAACCCAACCUGUCCGUGAUCGAGGAGUUCCUGAAAAAGCAGGAAGCCUACCUGAGGCGCGUGGCCGUCCUGGAAGAGAUCACCGCCAAGCGUAACGAGAUGCGGCAACUGUACGACGAUGUACGCAAGAAGCGUUUUACCGAGUUCAUGCGCGGAUUUCACAUCAUCACGAAGAAGCUGAAGGAGAUGUACCAGAUGAUAACGCUCGGUGGUGAUGCCGAGCUGGAGCUGGUCGACUCGAUGGAUCCCUUCAACGAGGGCAUCGUGUUCAGUGUGCGUCCGCCGAAAAAGUCCUGGAAGAUGAUUUCGAACCUGUCCGGCGGUGAGAAGACGCUUUCCUCGCUCGCGCUUGUGUUUGCGCUGCAUUACUACAAACCCUCGCCCCUGUACGUGAUGGACGAGAUCGAUGCGGCCCUGGACUUUAAGAACGUAUCGAUUGUGGCGCACUACAUUAAGGAACGCACAAAGAAUGCCCAGUUUAUCAUCAUUUCGCUGCGUUCGAACAUGUUCGAACUGUCGGACUAUCUGGUCGGUAUCUACAAGGUGAGCGACUGCACCAACUCCGUCACGAUCGAGAACGAUCCGCAGCACACCGGUUCGCCCAUGGGAGGAGCAGCUUCGCAGCAGCAGCAGCCAACCCAAACGCAGCAAUUCGGGUUUGGCAGCCAGAGCGUGGAUCUGCAGGACGAGGAAGCGUACAAGGCGACGCUGGAUGCGUCAGCGGAGGAGAAAGUUGAAGCAGUCGAAUCAUCACCACCGCAAGCGGACAAAGACACUGUUAGCAGUGAGUCCCGGACAGCGGAGGAACCGCAGCUGAUGGAAACAACGCAUGAGGAAGUAGAAUCCAGCACGGUCGAGCGAACCGAAGCACAACCGAUGGAAGUAGAAGAGCAAGCAAAGGGAGCAGCGACAGACGCAGAAGAGAGAGUGGAUAAUUCCGAUUUUACAACAGAUUAACGAUUAUUAUAAAGUGUUAGUGUAAGAAGCGCGAGUUCACAGCAGCAGCAGGAGUGUGUAUACAGAAUAAACCUUGUUGGUUGUAAUUAAAUGAA